AUGAACCUUGGCGAUAAAGUUAGUUGGCCGGAGAAAAUGAGAGCCCCACCCGACCAAAGAGAUAGAUCAAAAUGGUGUGACUUCCACAGUGACCACGGUCACCGCACGGACGAAUGCAUCGCGCUCAGACUGGAAGUGGCGAACUUAUUGAAAAAAGGGCACCUCACCAAUUACUUGACUGACAAAGGCAAGCAGACCCUGCAGCAGGCGAGGGAUAGACAAGAGAAACACAGAGAUGACAGCCCGCCGGACCCGCCACAUCAUGAGAGAACUGUAAACGUGAUAUCCGGAGGUUCCGAAGUUAGCGGAAUCACCCACUCAGCCGCCAAGAGACACACCAGACAGGCUAGAUCAAGUAAAUCAGGAGUUCCGCCUUCAGGAAGAACGGGAACAACAGACCCUACUCAACUGAUCAGCUUUGCAACCUCCGAAUCAGACAAGCUUCUACACCCUCAUCAUGAUGCUUUAGUUAUUUCCAUUUACAUUGCUAACUGUUUAACAAAGCGUGCACUAAUAGACAAUGGUAGCUCUGCCAAUAUUCUGUUUUACAGUGCAUACAGGGAGAUGGGUUUGGACGAGUCCAAACUAAUCAAGAAAGCUGCCGUACUCGUCGGCUUCAGUGGCGAGAGUACGACUACUGUAGGGGAGAUCGAUCUUCCCGUCUACGCAGAAGGAGUCAACCUUUCCACUAGGUUUCUCGUGGUAGACGCCCCGUCAGCAUACAGCGUCAUCCUUGGUCGUCCAUGGAUCCACGGAAUGGAAGCAGUACCAUCCACCUAUCAUCAAGUCAUACGAUUCCCAACCAAGUGGGGAGUUAAGGAGAUCAAGGGAGAGCAGAAGGACUCCAGGGCGUGCUACCAAACAACUAUGAAAGCGAAAAGCCCGUCCUUAUAG